CUUACCCGGAAGCCGACAACAUCUUAUUCUGAAGUUUGCUAAGCUGAAGAGGCAGCAUUAUCAUUCUCUCCAACCAUUUUAGCGUGUUACUUUCAAAGCUGUAUACCAUGGCAGAUGGUAUGUGAGCAGUCUUUGUUCUAACAGGUAGCUAAUCCAAGGGUUUAGGCAUCUCGGGUUUACCACUUCCGGGCCAAGUGGCACCGGCUAUGACACCCAUCAACCUCGUUCUCUUGAGCCUGUUUGGUUUUAUCGUAUAUCUUCGCAUGAGGCCCAGUGCACCUGCGACUCUCCCGAAGCCACCACCGCCCAUUGUAUUCCGGACAUUUACUCCGCCGACGCUGUUGCCCUACAAUGGUGAAAAUGGAGCGCCAGUGUUCCUGGCUGUACGCGGGAAGGUUUUUGACGUAACCCCAGGUCGAAACUUCUACGGCCCGGGUGGUCCGUACGCGAAUUUCGCAGGAAGAGAUGCAUCCCGAGGACUUGCGUGUGGCAGCUUCGAUGAGAGCAUGUUAACAAAAGAUCUUGAAGGUCCGCUUGAUACCCUCAGCGAUCUUGACAAAGAACAAAUGGACGCCUUGCAAGGGUGGGAAGAGAGGUUUAAUGAGAAAUAUCUUGUUGUUGGCGAAUUGGUCGCAGUAGGUAGCGAAAAGGCGAAGUUAGCUGAAACCGCGAAUUGAAUGAACAUGAUAUCGGAUAUAAAACAAAAUCAUCGUCUCCCUAAGAAUAAGCGCCAAAGUGGUGACGCCGGUCGAACUUGAAAGGUGGAUUGUAAAAUCAUCAUAUCAACCAUCACAAUGUUAGUAAGUUCGAAACA